AUGGCAUCCUCCACAGCCACCACAGAGCCAUCAGCGCCUCCACCAGCACAACAGCAUCUUCUUCAGCACCACGACGUUGCCGCGGCGUGGCCGCUCUACUCGCCCUCGGCCUCACUCACUUGCAAGCGCGGCAGUGGCGAACUACAGAGCCGAAAUUCGGAUAUCGAGCCGCCUCCUCGAGGAGACGACGUUCACCACCGCGCCGCACCCCAGAACGGCUACAACAACGACGACGACUACAGCCACAAGAAGAACGAGGACCUGGUGGAGGCGGAGGAAAUCCACCAGGGCGGAGGAGGGGGAGGGAAGAGCCUGCCGCAGAGGGAGAAGGACGACGAGGAGGACCGCGGAAGGCGAGACGUAGGAGCGCAAGAAGUGGUGGUUUGUCUCCGCGAGAACAAGCUCAAGGCCGAGUCGGACCUCGAGCUUCUCCACACGUCGCGCGGCACCCCCAUACCCACGCGACGCAAGAAGGCGGCUCCAUCAUCGUCAUCUGCAGCAUCUUCUUCGCCUCCCUCGAGCCUGGGAAAAUACAGCAGCACCCACAUCAACAUCCUCAGCAGCAACAGCAUCAUGACGACGACGGACGGCCCGACCGACCUCAAGCAGAAGCAGUACCAGCAGUUCAUGGCCAUGGCGCAGGUGAUGAAGGGCGACUCGUUCGACACGAUGGAGGAGAUCUCGCCACCGACGUCGCCUCGCUUCCUCUCCCUCUCCACCGGCAGUGGCCUGAUGGGUCUCAAAAACCAGCAACAACGCUACCACAACCACAUCAGCAACAGCAGAAACCUCAUUGAAGGGAGCAGCGGGGUAGCAUCGCCUUCAUUUUCGAAAUCGCAGUCGCGCCAGCCAAUUCGAUCUUCGCCGCCUGUGUCGACAUCGGCCACAUCUUCGUCCCUCUUCGGGCUGCUGCGACAGCGCCAGAACAUCUUGUUCCUGGUGUUCAUCGUGUGCAUCACGAGCAGCAUCAUACUGCUGACGGCCAGCUACUCGCCCUCUUUCAAUCUCUCAUUUCGAUCAUCAUCCUCGCGCCGCAUACCGCGACCUGACGAGAUCGAUGACACCUGGUUCCUCGAACGCGAUCGACUGCGGGGCCGCAUAAAGGACAACUUCGAAGUCGAUCCUCUCACGGAACAUCGAACGCUUCUUCACGCCACCGACGACGAAGACUACCCCGACGUGCCCGUCGACGAGAGCUACAAAUACCGCGACUAUCCAUUCUUGCUCCACAACGCGCUCCCGCGCGUGGCCCAGAACGGGACUGUGAUCAUGGUCAUCGCCAACUCGGGCUACCUCGAGUUCCUGCUCAACUGGAAGUCGUACGUGGACAAGCAGGGUAUUACCAACUACGUCAUCAUUCCCAGCGACGUCCAGAUGGCGCAACAGCUCUCCUAUCUUGGCGUGGACUGGGCGUACGACCCCGAGAUAGGAAUGGACGCUCUCUCCCAGUCUGUCUCCUACACCAUGAACAAGGGAACCCGCGCCUGGGCCAACUGGAACAAGGUCGUCCACAAGAAGUCGCACUACUUCAAGAAGAUCGUGGAGAUGGGCUACUCGGUCAUGGUGAGCGACAUUGACAUGGUGUGGCUCAAGAACCCCUUCUCUCGCAUGAACGACUCUGAUGUCGACAUCUUCUUCACCAACGACGGAGGCGCACACGGCCGGGAUUCCAGCAUCUGUGGCGGCCUGUUCUACGGAAAGAAUCGCGAGAAGAGCUUGGCGUUCAUCAACCACGUGAUCGAGUGCGAAGUCACUCAAGAGAAGAAGGAGCAGUACUGCAUGAACAAGUGGCUCGGCGCAGUGUCCGGCAAGAACAACGCCAACGUCCCCGUUCCCGAAACGCCCAACUACAAGAUCAUGAGCAUCGAUGACUUCCCCAGCGGCGGUUACUUCUUUGGCGACAAGUGGGCCGGGAAGGAGUUGCCCUACGUCGUGCACAACAACUGGAUCGUCGGCAAGGCCAACAAGCUCAAGCGCUUCAAGGUUUUCGGGUACUGGCGAGUGGACGAUUCGAGCCUGAGCAACCUGAUGAUCAAUUUCCGUUUCGACGAGCAUCGCGGCAAGCCCGGCCGCGGCCGUGAGGGCGAGAUCGCGGACGAGCUGAUGGUGUACCACACCGAGAUGCGCAAGAAGUUCGGCAAGUUCGAUGACGGCGUGUGGCUCCUCGAGAAGCCUCCCGUCCCCAAGAUGAGGGCACCGGCGGAGCUCCAGCGGGCAAAGAAGACCACCACGAGCACCACCACCGCCGCCGCGACCGUCACCUCGACCGUGAAGAAGCCGAUGACGAAGACGGACACCAGCGGUCCUGUCAAGGCGGGUCCGCCGAGGAAGGUGCUUCCGCCCAAGAGAGCCGCCGCGCGCAACCCCAACUACAAGUUCAUCGACGGCAACCGCAAUCCGCACUUCUCCAGCCAACGGUGA